AUAAAUGUGUCGCAGUGCCUGUGUGCUAUAGCUUACUCACACAAGUUGCAUCGAUCGAUCCUUGGCGAUCGAUCGAGCUAGCUGCUGCGAAAAUGGCGGCCUCCUCCUUCCUCGUUGAGUGCCUGUCAUGGCUUGUCGUCGUCCUCUUCUCCCUGUACAUCUUCCAGCUUCUCCGCGACGCCCGCCGCCGCCUCCCCCCGGGUCCCUGGCCGCCGAAGCCGCUCGUCGGCGACCUCCUCGACCUCGGCGAGGACGGCAAGCAGCACCGCACGUUCCUCCGCCUCGCCGGCCGCUACGGCGGCCUCAUGUGCCUCCGCUUCGGCAUGGUGCCCCACGUGAUCGUCUCCACCCCGGACGCCCUGCGCGCGGUGUUCGCCGCCGCCGGCGCCGGCGGCGGCGGCGGCGGGGAAGGCAAGAAGGUGGAUGGCAUCGCGGGCCUCCCGAGCCUCGACGUGCUCAGCGCCAUGGGCCACCGCGCGCACACCAUCUUCGCGCUCCCGAGCCAGGACGGCAAGUGGCGCGCGCUCCGCAAGUUCGCCGCCGCCGAGAUGCUCGCGCCGCGGCGGAUCUCGUCCGCGGCGGCCGGCGCGCAGCUGCAGACCAAGAUCGUGGAGGCGCUCCGCCGCGAGGUGUCCGGGCACGCGGCGCGGGGCGCCGCCGUGGUGUUCAGGCACGCGGUGCUCGACUCCAUCCUGAGCCUCCUCCUCGGCGUGCUCUACUCCACCGACCUGGAGCGCGAGGAGCGCGCCAUGUUCAGGGACCUCAUUGAGGAGAUCGUCGGGAUGCUGGGGACGGCGAACGUCUCCGACGUGUUCCCGCCGGUGGCCGCGCUCGACCUCCAGGGCCUCCGCCGCAGGAUGACCGACCUCCUCACCAUCAUGUACCGCCACUUCGACGACCAGGUCGCCCUGCGGCGGCGCAGCCGGGACGCCGGCGAGGCGCGCAAGAACGACGUGCUCGACACCGUCCUCGACAAGGAGGAGAGCGAGUGGAAGCAGGAGGGCUCCCUGCUAAGCCAUGACGUCAUGCGAGUUCUCCUCUCCGAUUUAUACGGCGCUGGAGCAAGCACGACAGCAGCGCUAAUCGAGUGGGGAAUGGUGGAUCUAAUCCAGAACCCAGAGGUGAUGACCAAGGUAAGGGAAGAGCUUACCAAUGUUCUCGGGGACAAGCUGGUGAUGGACGAAUCCGACAUUGCCCGCCUCCCCUACCUUCAAGCUGUCGUCAAGGAGACCCUUCGUCUCCGAACGGUGGUACCCUUGGUACCCCGCAAGGCUGAGGUCGACAUCGAGGUGAACGGCUAUAGGAUCCCCAAGGGGACCAACGUGAUCCUCAACGCGUGGGCGAUCAACCGGAGUGCCGACGCGUGGUCGGAGCCGGACAAGUUCAUACCAGAGAGGUUCCUCGGUGGCGAGACUAGGGGAUAUCUGGGCCAAGACUUCGAAAUGAUCCCCUUCGGCCUCGGCCGGCGCAUCUGCCCCGGGAUGCCGCUUGCUCAGAAGCUCAUACCCCUCAUCAUCGGCACGCUACUCCAUCGGUUCGAGUGGGAGCUUCCGGCGGAUGCAAAGGAGGGUGGGAUAGACAUGACGGAGAAGUGUGGGGUGGUGUUAUCUCUAGUUAACCCCCUCAAAGCCAUACCCAAGGAAAUAUGAGUUAUAUUCGGUUAAUUUCAUCCAGUAAUCCAUUGUUUGUAAGUGUCAUAGUACAUGAGAUCUUUAGGGACUAGGGAACCUAUCAUACUGAAAUAAAUUUAAAUAAGCCUGAUAACUCUUUGUAUCCCAUUCUACUACGAGUGAUGUAAUAACAUCCAAAAAUUUUGAGGCUCAA